AUGGAAGUUUUCAUUAAAUUUAUGGCUGAUGUAGCUGUGGAGAAAAAGACUUUUGAUUUCCAUCUGAAAUGCUCCAAAUUGCAGAUCACCCACCCUUGCUUUGCUGAUGAUAAGCUAACAAUAGAAGAUUGUGGAAGCUUAUUUGAGAAGAUCUCUGGCAGGAUAGAUUCUUGGUUGGCUAAGAAAUUUUCUUUUGUUAGGCGGUUGCAGCUACUGUCUUCGGAACUGAUUCGAUUAAUGCCAAAGCUUAAGGCUGGUUCCCUAUGGGUAGGCUGGGUGAAAGAGUACCUCUUAAGAGGGAAAUGUUUCUGGAUAAUAAAAAUUCCUGAGUCUUGCUUCUGGUGUUGGCGGAAAUUAUUGAAACUAAGGGAUUUAGCCAGGAAAUUUUUGAAGCUUCAGUUACGAGAUGUGCGGAAUAUUCAUUUGUGGUUGAACAAUUGGCACCCAGAUGGGAUCCUCCUUGACAGAUAUGGUUUUCAUACUAUAUAUGAUGCUGGGAGUAGUUUAGAAGCUAAAGUUUCAAGUGUGAUGAGAGAAGAAAAUUGGUGUUGGCAACUGGCUCGUUCAGACAACCUGGUUCUUAUACAUAGUAAGCUGGUUUUAGUUAAUGUUGGGGAAAAGGACACCUGUUUAGAGUGUGUCGAGGAAAGGGUGUACGGUAAUUCUGAUACUUGGGAAGCACUCAGGUUGAAGUAUACGAAGGUUUCUUGGUGGAGGUUAGUUUGGUUAGCCAUGGCAAUUCCAAAGCAAGCUUUUCUCCUUUGGCUUACUAUUAGGGACUCUUUAGCUACAGGGAGGAAGAUGCUGAGUUGGGGAUAUAAAGGAGAUGUCUCUUGCUCCUUCUGUCUAAAAAGAUGUAUAGAAGAUAGAGAGCACCUGUUUUUCCUAUGCAGCUUUAGUAGGAGAAUUAGGAAAGAACUCUUGCAUCUGUGUCUUGUUGAUAACGAGUAUGUGGAUUGGGAAGAUAUCCUGAAAUGGGGUCUACUGGAAUUAAUGAGGAUCACAAUGAAAGCUGUCUUAUGCAGGGCUAAGCUGGAGUAG